ACCUCACUUGAUCUUUUAAAAGUCAGAGGAAGCAACUUCACCGGACUGCGCACAAUGCAAUGACUUGUUUCCAGCGCGUUCUUCUCAGCCGAGUGCAGACGGCGAGUCACCACAGCGUCUCCUCCUCGGUGCGCACUGGAGCGCGUCGCAGCUGCGUGGAGUGAAAUUGAUGGCCAGAGGUUACAGCUUGGCAGAAAUGGUGCUCACCUCUCCCCUGCGUUCACUGCUCCCUGUGGUGGCAGUGGCUGCGCUCGCAGCCAUGAAAGUUGCUGAGUGUCAAAACGCUGCCGUAGACCUGGGAACGUCCUUCAGUCCAACUCCAGUUUAUCCCACCAUCGACUUUCAGGUUCUCAAUGUGGACCAUGUGUUUUUGAGGCAGGACGGUUUAAAGCCACCAGGCAACUCCAGCCUGAAUGUCCAGACUCAGACUUUUUACAUCACCGGUCAAGGAGUUUCUGGAAUACUUGAGUCGUCUGUCAACGCUUCGUACGGCCCCCUGACUGUAGACGCCCCGAUCUCUCCAGACCUGCUCCUGAGCGGACGCAAAAUCCUGCCGGUCAUCUUGGUCCGCCAGGUUCGUUCCUCGUCUCCUGCUGUUAAGAUCCUCUUCCACAUGCCUUCAGAGAAAAACGCCACUUUUGGGCAACAAUGGAAGGGAUCUGGAGAAGAUAAGGGCAGGAGAAGUGACGGAGUCAAAGCAAAGGAUGGCGCUCACUGUGUUACGGCCUACGCCUUCUGGGAGACGAGGGAAGUUCGCGGAGCGUGUCUGGUGUCUCCCGGGGGAUUCUGCGUGGCACAGCUGAAGCCAGAACCGGCCUGGUUCAGCUCGGCUAGCCGGUCAGCGAGCUCCAGCAGGGAAGCAGGAAAAACUGAUGAGAUUAAGGGACUUCAGGGGAACCUUGUGGAGGUGUACUUCCAGAGUCGGAGGGACCAGAGUGGCCAGUGCACUCCGCAGGACAGCCUGCAGCGUGUAGGUGUGGGAAGAGGAAGAGUGUCUGGGGGAUCUGGGACGCCCAUGAGGAGGAUAGGGAGUGUUAAUCUGAUCAGAACUCCGCCAGGGAACCCCACCUUUCUUCGGCUGAGGCUGGGGGGCGCCGUGGUGAUCCAGACUUCAUCGAAGCCUUUGAAAACCAAAGAUGUGGCAACUUUCUAUGUCUUCCUAGCAAGUACAGCCACCCUGGAAAAUUUCACACUCAGGGCCACAGUCAAAGCGGGUCUGUCGUUCACGGCAGUGCGACCCAGAGAUUCAACACUGUGGGACGUUCUGUUGGAACCUGGCAGAGGAGCAACCGCCAACACUCUCUCUGUCAUCUGCCAUAGGAAGGUCGCCAUCACUGGAAAGAGGGGUCUCCUGGAGGUUUUACAGCUGGACUUUGUUCCGAAAGACGUUUCAGAGCAGGUCGAGAGUCAGACCAUUUCCUGGCGUCUGGAGAUGCCGGGAAACGUCAAGGAUGUGGGCUUAAUGCGGAUCUACACAACCCAGAGAGACUAUGUGGGCCUGGCACCUCUAGUCAUGAACACGGAUAUGUUGAAUACUGCAGUGCUGACGGGUAAAAUGGUGUCAGUCCCGGUGAGAACUCUGGCUGUGGAGGCCGACGGCUCGGUCACUGACGUGACCAACUACACCGGCUGCGUGUCGACAGAGGAGGAUGUAGUCAAGGUGUCAGAGGGCUGCGACUACAUGUACGUAAAUGGGAAAGAGACCAGAGGGAAGAACAGAGUGACGCUCAACUUCACGUAUGGUUUCUUAAGUGCACAGCUGGAGAUGAGCGUGUGGAUGCCACGGUUGCCCUUGCUUAUCGACGUGGCCGAUCCGGAGCUGAGCCAGAUCAAAGGCUGGAGGGUCCCGGUUCAUACCGGAAACAGAAGGUCGACGUGGGACAGCGAUGAGGAUGAGGACAUGAGGAAAGGCAGGGGCUGCAUGCUGCAGUACCAGCACUCGGCACUCAGGGUGCUCACGCCGUUUGUGGCUCAGGCCGCCGCUGCUGCUCCGUCAGACCUGCUGACGGAAUCAGAAGAGGCUGUCGAGUACUUCCUUGGUCCGGAUUGGCAGGUGGACGUAACCAACCUCGUUCACCGCGCUCUAAAAGUGGCCGAUCCUGACGUAGCCGUGGUACAGGACGCGGCGGUGCUGCAGGGACGGUCUGUGGGGACGACUACUGUACAGGUGCUGUCCCCUCUGACGUCAUCGGUCCUGGCUGAGAGGACCAUCAGGGUUGUGGAUGACAAAGUGAGCGUGACAGAGCUGGGAGUGCAGUUGAUUUCUGGGCUCUCUCUGUCCCUGCAAGUCAGCCCAGGCGGGAGCAACAGGGCCAUCGUUGCCACGGCAACCGCACGGGAGCAGAUCACGCAGCUCAAACAGGAAGCGGUGGUGAGCUGCUGGGUCCAGUUCAGCGACGGUGCGGUCGCUCCGCUGGAGCUGUUUGACCGCAGCGUCUACUCUCUGACCGUCUCCACCCCACUCGAGGGAGUGGCCACCGUGCGUCGCACCCCGCUGUCCACGUUUGUGGUAGCGCAGGGUGAAGGUGAAGGCCAGGGGGCGCUAGUGAGGGUGGAGCUGAGGAUCUGCGAGGAAUGCCAGAAGUCCAAGAGGAAGAGCAAACUGGCAGUGGGCACCGGGCUCCUCCGAAUUAACUUCCAGAGCGGCAGCAGAGCCACAGCGGAAAGCGCAGGAGGUAGCGGGGUCGGGACGGACGGAGAGAAGGGUUUUGAUGGAGGCGGAUCACAAGUGGUUGGAGAUCUGAAGUCUACAGUGACAUCCCAGCGUUCUGUCACAGAUGUUGAUAAAUGGUCGUUGAGAAAUAUUCUACCCGACAAGCAGCAGUUCACAAUUGCCGAGGAAACCACCACAGACGCACGGUCUACACGGCAUGUGCAGCCGCGCGUCGUGUGGAUCGGAGCCACGAGAGGGAACCCUUUUACGGUUGUACCCACGACGACCCUGAGCUCACCAAGAUUAAACACUCCACUGAGUAUCGCCACACCUGUAGCAACAACACUAGGUGGCAUCAUUAGAGGUGAAGGGCAGAAGAGAAGCUACGGAAACAUGCUCGAAAACCCCGACUCCCCCCCGAACAACGACAUUCCCGAAGCGGAAGUAAUAACGAAAUAUGAAAAAACCAAACCGAAAGCACCUAAAGUCAUCGAGAGCGACCUCAUUCAGACAUUCAGAUCCAUGUCGGACUUGGAGAUCAGCAUGUAUGCCUUAGUGGGGGUUUCCUGUGUCGCCAUCUUGGCUUUUAUACUCAACUGCGCUUCGUAUAAUCUCUGUUUCCGUAAGCACAAGACUCCCAUACAGGCAGGGCCAGGCCCAAUCCCCAGUGGGGACCCGAAGGAGCACAAACAUGACUGGGUGUGGCUGGGGAGCAAUAAUCACAGCGCUCCUCCUCCGUGCGGUGUCCCGACUCAAGUGUCCACCCUUAAACGUGAGGCUCAUUGUUCUCUCAAAUCCCAGCACUCCAAAGAAUCCAUGGGCCGCCACGGCCUGGAGAACCGGCUGCCCACUGUGAGCGCCCCCGCCGUCCCCGAGCGCACCGCCACCCUGGGCCGCAGCAGGACCCUCUCCCAGCAGCAGUUUCAGGCGAAGGCCAUCGACCCCAUGGCGAACCGCUCGGCCACUUUGUUGGCGAGGCCGCACCGCAGCGAGCCGCUGCACUCGCCCACCAGUAAGAGAAAUCAGGUCCAGUUCACAACCUUCACCACGCUGGACAUCAAGCACCUGGCUGCGCUGAAGAAGAACGGCGUGGACUUAAACUGGGCCAACCAGCAGACACAGCAGCACCAGGCUCCUGCUGAGCCGCAGAUACCUUUACCUGACAUUCCCUGGCCUGUCGUCACACCACUCGGAGAACCCCAGUGAGUUCACUCCUAUUUGUGUGAGUGUAUGAGUGUAUAAAGGAGAGAUAAAAAUGCACUAACUUCCUAUUUUUUGGUUCAAUGGCCAGUUGCUUUGAAGGAUGUGUUUACUGAAAUGACAAAGACUAUUUUAUAUUAAUAGACAAUGUAAAGGAAAACUGUAAAUACAGUCGUGUGUAAUGUGUAUCCACAAAAACCUACAUUUUUGUAGCACGCAUGUUUUCUUCUAUAUAAAAGAAAACAUGCAUGUCAUGUAAAUACUGUGUGCUUCCAUUAUAUCUAUAAUAUUAUUAUUUCUACAUUUCUAAAUGAAAACUAUUUAAUUUCCUCUUCCUUUUGCGUUUGUACUGGUGUUGUGUUGCCCGUGUAGUAACAGCUCAAGACGUUGCUAGUUGUCAGGGUGAAUGCAGUAUACAGGAGGGAUUAUUUAUUGGAAGUAAAUCUAUUCUUUUCUUGCCUUUUGUAGGUUUUUUUUCCCCUUUUCUCUUUUCUAGGAUUCCUCUAGAGAAUACCUGAAUAUUUUCCGAGAGAAUAUGCAACAUUUAUCAAAUUACUUUGAGCAAUCUGUUCUUGCAGGCAUGGAUACUUAUUCAAAUCAAAUGAAUGUAAUGCAAAUAUAGUCUGCACAGAGUUGAAUAUGGACUUAGUUUCUGAAUUUUUUAACAAAGUUACCAAGGGUUUCCAGGCUUCUCCCUCAGGCCCUGGUUCUACAAUUUGUAAAAAUGUCUAAUCUUGGUCUCCCGACUCAGAGCAAUACAUAUUUAACUGCAAGAUUUUUCAUGUGUGAAUAAAAAAAAGUGUUGACGAUGCCUUUUCUAUGUAACAACCGCUUACAUUUAAGAAACAAAACUGUGUUGUGUAUUUCCUAUCAGAUCCUAUUAAUAAAGAUCAAACAAAUUGA